AUGUUCAGCUGGACAGGCUUCCCAGAAUCCCUCGACAACAACUAUGAUGACCUCGAGUCCACGGCUCUGGCCUCUCCUCUCUCUGCAACCCCCAUCCCGGCUACAUCCUCGACCACUAUCUCAUCCCUACCGCAGCCCACUGCUCCCUCUCCAAUGCUAGCCCUUCCCAGGUCCGCCUCAACAUCUCAGAUUGACUCGACUUCGCCCACGCCACACUUUGAGACUGCCACAGGGAGCCUAUAUCCUCUUUCGACAGGAUCUCGACCGCACCAGCGAGUGCCAGGUGCCAUAUCUUUGUCCGAGUCCAACCCACUCUCAGCGGGCUCCUCUUCGAAGCAGGCCUCAAUUCUAAAAGCCGGCGUGUCACUCGAGCCCAUCAGCAGUGGCCUGAAAGCACCACCAAACUCGUCCAACGAUCAUUCUUUAACCGGAGCUGGAAUAGGACACCGAGGAUUGCAAUGCGGCUUGUCGUUGGAGCCACCGUCCAUGUCGUGGUGGUACACCAAGAAGAGCGCGGAUCUCCCGGACUUUGUGCUUAUCUCAGAGUUUUCAGAGAUGGAAGGGCCACGGGCAGUAAUGACGAUCCCGGAUAACAUUGUCGACCUCACAAGGGAUUCGUAUUCAUCGCAGAAGCAGCGCGCACAAGAGCCAUCUACGAAGCACUCGCAGGAUGCUUCUGAUGCUAGUUCCUCAACUUUAGCGGCCGAAGGCAGCGGCUUUCCGGAUAGCGAGGACCAGUUCGAUAUCCAUGAGUUCGUUCUUCGAAUUACCUCUGUUGACCAACAGGCCAGGGAAUCGUCAGGCAGUUUCCAUAUUCCCGAGGAUAUCGAGGUCCAUAUCAGCGAUACAGAAAAGGGCUACUGGGCAUAUGUGCACCAGUUCACGCUGUUCGAUAUCAACGCGCGAGGAUUUGUACGGCCCUUUUGCAUGUCAUACAUCACUAGAGAUCCGCACAAGAUCUUGCAACACUACGAAGAAAUGCGGCACAAAUUUACUAGAGCAGCACUUUAUUUCAAGACAGGAAACUACGCUUUGUUCAGACAGGACCUCACAAAAAAACUGCGGGACCUGAACUAUACCAACAAUCUCUUGUCAGAGGCACCUGCAGAUCCGACGCGUCAUUCGGACACAUCAGCUACGACUGUGUCUGGCGAGUCCUCAUUGCCGUCAGAAUCCAGCCCGAAAACCCUCGCCCAAUCUGUCGAUCUGUCCAGAAAAGCAGAGUCAUCGCAGGGCGGAGACUUGACUGAACAACAAAAGGCGGACCUGGAGUCGAUCAAGGACGCCAUCGAGACAGCAACUCACAUCAUCAGUGUACUCGAGCACUACUCUAUCGACGGUCAGCCUUUGCUUGGUCAUGCAGACGAUGGACAUGAAGGCCCUCAAUCGAUGGCACCCCUCUCUGAUCUCUCGCCCAUGACCUCUUCUGAGAACCUUGCAAUGUUGGCAGCGGGUCGAUCAGGACCAACGGAUCCUUCUUUAUUCCUCGGUGCCUCCUUAAGAUCAGGAUCUAGGAUUCGCCGAAAGGCUUCGACACCGAACGUCACAGGCGGAGCACCAUCCAGAAUUUUGGAUGCAGCAGGAGGAACAGGCAUGAUGUCAGAAGGAUUAUCAGCACCAUUGCCUCCUCAUCUGCUUGGUAUUCAACAGGAUCAAUCGCGAAAGAACUCAGUCGUGUCGGACUAUGACUCGAUGAUGUAUGAGGCUCCAGAAUACGAAGCCCAGUAUGUCACGACAUUAUACCCCAUCUAUCGCGACGAAGUUGUCUUUCGACCGCUGCGUGAGCUGUGCAUAGCCAACAUGGUAUGGAAUUCGUCGUUUCACUUUCACCUGGGUAUCAAAAGGAUCAAGGACAUUUUGAAGGAGUUUCAAGCCGACUCGCAGCUGCUCGGUGAAGCUGCGGACAGUCUCAAGCGCAUUCGUCCAACAAUUUCAACCGUGACAAUAGGGCAGAGAUUCAUGAUCAACUUUCGCAAUCCAGAUUUCAACAGGAUCACUGCACGUCCGACGCAGCAUCAUGAAUCUCCUGUCCCCCUAAUGGAGCUUCUUCAAGGGAUUUCGCUCGCUAAUGCCCCUUCAGAAGAUGGAGUGCCGGCCCAAGAGAUUUUGAUAUCUGGAGCGCAAGAGCCAAUUGCCACAACUUUCGGUGAACCCGGGGCAGAGGAGAGACGACCAGGGCCUACUAUGGACGCUGAGGAUGCCGAUGAUGAACAAACGGGAUAUGACUCGCUGGACGAUGCUGCCUCAUUCUUUACGGCGGUAACAGGAAUGGCUACGCACUCGGAGACACCAACACGGGACGCAUUCAUCAUCUCGCCCUUGGACCGCUCUGCGCGAGUGGUAGAAUGGCACCAGGAACAGCAAACACUACAUCGUGCAAAGGGCGCUCCUAAUAACACAUCGUCUCAUGGAGCUUUGGAACAGGUGCCGUGGUCUUUCGGUGCUGGCAUGAACCAGGGAGAACAGUCUCUCGCAACCGGAACAAUCAACAGGCAUCUACACCGACAGUCUGCUCAGAGUGGGACAAGCAUGGGCAUCAUUACAUCAGGACCAAUUCAGGCUACAUAUUGCCCCACUACCAUUCUCGAUACGCUGCAAAAGGAUCCAACGCUCGCCAAGCAUCUUGUAUUUGCGCUAUUCAGUGGCCAGAAGCUAUGCAUUAUGGGCAAGAGCGAGAAUGAGGCAAAGGUCCGAUCAUUGGUCGCGGUGCUGGCGACAUUUUUGCCACAUGUGGGCUACCCAUCGAGAGAGGAGCAGCUGAUAGAGCACCAGCGUCAGAUCGUAACAUGGUACCAGGGACAUGGACUUUUGCAAGUGGAAGAGAUGGACAGAUUAUGUCUCGUGGGCGUGGACUCGAGUAAGAUCGACCCAAAGUUUCUGGAAUCCGAUGUUUGCGUUCUGGACUACGACACUCUCACAUGGGCCAAUGGACGGCAGUACACUGAUGGCAUUCUUCUCGAGUCGAUUUUUCGCAACUUGUCCAUCUUUUCGGAGGAUGCCUCGUUUGUGGCAUUUGUGGAUGCGAAAGUGUUUGACAUCCUCCUAAAAUCAUUCUUGUACUAUCAUCUGAUCUUUCAUGGACGGUUAUACCAAGGUGGACUAAUGGCACCGGGAGCCCAAGCAUUCUACUCCAGCGGCGCCUCAGAUGAUGGCGAGGCCUUUUCCUACCAGAACAAUUUUCGUAGCUCUCGACCGUCGCCGGCAUCACCGCGAGCUGCCGGAUUCUCACGAUUGGCGCGAAGGAGUACAUCGGCCUAUCCCUCGUCGACGCAGCUUGGAGCAACCCUUUAUAAAACUUCGAGCACCCGACCGGCAUCUCUGUCAUCUCAUGAGUCGUCUGAUGCCGAGAAGCCUCUGCAAGGACAGCACGGGAAUCGAGGGCAUCAACACUAUGAAAGGAAUGGGCUAGACCGGCUGCUCCUAUCCGGAGACGAAUCCAUUCAGGGCGGAGGACCUACACAAUAUACUACGUCGCAGGGCAUGCGGAAAUGGAAGAAAUGGUUCGAAUAUUGGAGUGCGAAGAGUGCGGCAAUGAUUGAUCCUGCACUGGCAGCCUUUGGAAGAUCAGACUCUGCUGCUGUAGCGAUGGAGGGCGCCCCGGGCGAUGACAAUCGACGAAAACGAACCAGCAGCAGGCGUUCGAGUCCGCACCGGCGCUCAAAGACCCUACCUAACCACCACACAAGUCCCGGUCGACAUCGAGAGGCUAGAGAAAGGGAGAAGGAGCGUGAUCGAGAACGGGAUCGAGAGCGGAAUCGAAAAUCUGCGUUUGACCACUUCAACCAGGGUAAGGAGAAAUCUCCAGUGUCCAACAGUAGCGACUCAGAGCUGAACAUCAAUAACGAAGACAUGGCAACGUUCGAGAAAGAGUUAAUUAUGAACGAGAAGAGUAGGAUGGAGUACCUGGCGAGUCGCGAUGAUGAUCAGGAGGGAGAGGUAGCCAAACCAAGGGUCAACGAGAGUUAUGCCAAUCUGACCGAAGCACUGACUCCCACAUCGAAAGGCUCGGGAGCGCUGCGGAGGCUGAAGCCGAAGCGGCCACUUUUGCUCCAUCGCUCGACGUCAAAGCUGAGCGAAGCUGAGCGAGAACGGGAGCGGGAACGAGAACGGAGCGGACAAGACGACCAAACUGGUGCUGUCAACGGAGAGUCAUUCAAAUGGAGAGCACCAUCGGGAUCAGUAGGAUCGCCUCCUCACUCGACCGCCUUUCACAGUCUUGCUGGUGCGAUUCGAGCCAUGUCCUUUGGGCACUCAUCAGGCUCGACCAUUGCGCAAGACGCCACACCUCAGGUAGACACACUUUCCAGGAAUGCGAGCAGGCGCAGCACAGAGAUACAGCCCAGCCCCAGGAAUAGCAAGGAAUUUUCAGAUUCAACUCAUCAUCACAAGGAGGUGAAGAGGCGUGGAUCGACCCGUGCGAAAGCCAAGGCGUGGCUACUAAAGUCUAAGCGGAAGAGACGGAGUAGGGUUUCUGAGGGUGAGCAAGUUGGGCAGGCUGGGCAAGAGCCCCAGGAGGUAGACGAGCAUGGCGAGGAUUUGAGCGAGGAUGAUCAGGAAUACGACCAUGAACCUCAUGAGCCUGAACGAGCCCUGCCUGCACUGCCGCAGGAGGCUGAAGACGCGGAGAUGACAGUGCGCGCAGCGCCCAGAUCGGCUCCAUCCAGUAUACCCUCUGCAAGCAGCGCCCUGACCGCUCUUCCUGUGCAGUCUCGUUCGAGCGUUGAUUUAACACAGACAGUGCGACCAUAUCACGCACCUGAACCAGCGCUGGAGGUUCCGCUGACGAUUCAGGAAAUUGCAGCACAGGAACCGACUCGGAUCACGCCCCGCGUAUUGGCAAACAAACUGUCUUCGUCGGGCCUCAGCAGUGGCAACAAUAGCAGUCGUGUGUCCUCUGCCAAUCCAUCCAGGAUCACAUCGCCUACUGUCUUAUCAUUCUCGGCUGGACACCGGCAGCGACUGGACCCGAAGUCUGGCGCCAGACUGCCAUCAAAAGAUACCGGUCCUCCUCGCACGACAGCAGCUGUAGCAUCGACAUCUCUGGAAGAGCGAUCUGAAAUCGAUGAUAGCGAGUACGACCCGCGGCGGGACCCUGGUCGUGAGAGUGCAACAGAGUACGAGACCUCCUUAGAGACAUUUGCGGGGCCAGACAGCGGAAACUUGAGCUCGUUUGGACACGAGGGGAACGGCAGUUUACGCGGUAGCAAUAGACAGUCUUUUGGCUCUUCAACGAGGACAUCGCUGGAUGCUGCGGUGGCAGCGGCUGAUGCAGCGAGAGUCAGUACUAUGGAAGAAGCAGAUAGCAUGACAUCUCAACAGCAACAGCAGCAGAAGCUAGGAGAGGACUCGAAGGAGGAUAGUAAACCACUGUCAGGCAAGGAUAUGACGACGGUGACCCUGACCGAAGAGGAGGAAGCUGUUGUGCGUGAGAUGCUAGGCGGGAUCACUGGGGCUGAUGAUUGGGCUAUUAUUGUUCACUUGGCAACAAUGGUGGAUGUCUACGAGCGCAGCAAGGAUCCUACGACACCUGUGUCAAAUGAGCCAUAG